CUUUGACGAAUGCUUGUCCUUCAUAGGCAUCCGUACAUCUCCAUCUUUUUUGUAGCUUGCGGAACGCAAAAUAGGAUAACGUUAUAUGUUGUAUUCACUUCAGUGGAUAGACAGACAGCUAGCUAACUUGUAAUUUAUUCAAGAUACACGUCUUUGGAAAAAAAGCCAAGGAGUUUUCCAAGCUUCACCAUGUCGGAAAAGAGCGAGCUGAAAGCAGAGCUGGAGAGGAAGAAGCAACGCCUGGCACAGAUCAGAGAGGAGAAGAAAAGGAAAGAGGAGGAGAGGAAGAAGAAAGAGGCUGACCUGAAGAAGGACAUCGUCUCUGCUCCUGAUGACUCUGACCUGGAGAAGAAGAGGCGUGAGGCAGAGGCACUUCUGCAAAGCAUGGGCAUCACUCCAGAGGCCCCUGUCGUCCCACCACCCAUGUCUCCAACCUCCAAGUCUGUGGGUACACCCAGUGAAGCCGGGAGCCAAGACUCUGGCGAUGGUGCCGUGGGCCCAAGGACUCUGCACUGGGACUCUGACCCCUCCACCCUUCAGCUUCACUCUGACUCUGACCUGGGGCGAGGACACCUGAAGCUGGGCAUGGCCAAGGUCACCCAUGUGGAUUUCCCUCCCCGCGAGAUUGUAUCCUACACCAAAGAGACACAGACCCCGGUACAGACCCAGCUGAAGGAAGAGGAAGAUGAGGAGGAGGAGGAGGAGGAGAUAACCCCACCUCAAACCACACUGGAGCACCCAGAGGAGAAGCCAGCGCAGAAGGAUGAGGAGGAAGUAUCCCCCCAUGAACUGACUGAGGAAGAGAAGCUGCAGAUCCUGCACUCGGAGGAGUUCAUGACCUUCUUUGAUCACAGCACCCGCAUUGUCGAGCGUGCCCUGUCUGAGCACGUGGACGUCUUCUUCGACUAUAGUGGACGGGAUCUGGAGGAGAAGGAAGGAGAGAUCCAGGCUGGAGCCAAACUGUCUUUGAACAGACAGUUCACAGAUGAGCGCUGGUCCAAGCACCGCGUGGUCACCUGUCUGGACUGGUCUCCUCAGUAUCCCGAGCUGCUGGUGGCCUCAUAUAACAACAAUGAGGACGCCCCCCAUGAGCCAGAUGGCGUAGCGCUGGUGUGGAAUAUGAAGUACAAGAAGACCACACCUGAGUAUGUCUUCCACUGCCAGUCUGCAGUGAUGUCUGCUGCCUUUGCCAAGUUUCACCCUAACCUCGUGGUGGGGGGCACCUACUCGGGCCAGAUUGUGCUUUGGGACAACCGUAGUAACAAGAGGACCCCUGUCCAGAGGACACCGCUGUCUGCUGCUGCACACACGCACCCUGUGUAUUGUGUCAACGUGGUGGGUACACAGAAUGCACACAACCUGAUCAGCAUCUCCACUGAUGGCAAGAUGUGCUCCUGGAGCCUCGACAUGCUGUCCCAGCCGCAGGACAGCCUGGAGCUGGUGUUCAAGCAGUCCAAGGCUGUGGCUGUCACCUCCAUGUCUUUCCCCCUUGGAGACGUCAACAACUUUGUGGUGGGGAGCGAGGACGGGUCUGUGUACACAGCAUGCCGCCAUGGAAGCAAAGCGGGGAUCAGCGAGAUGUUUGAGGGGCACCACGGGCCCAUUACGGGGAUACACUGCCACACUGCUGUAGGCCCCAUUGACUUCUCCCACCUCUUUGCCACCUCCUCCUUUGACUGGACUGUCAAGCUCUGGAGCACCAAGAACAACAAGCCGCUGUACUCCUUUGAGGACAACUCAGACUAUGUUUACGACGUCAUGUGGUCCCCCACCCACCCCGCCCUGUUUGCCUGUGUGGACGGAGUUGGCCACCUUGACUUGUGGAACCUCAACAAUGACACUGAGGUUCCCACAGCCAGCAUCACGGUGGAGGGAAACCCGGCUCUGAACCGGGUCCGAUGGGCCCAAUCUGGGAGAGAGAUCGCUGUGGGUGACUCGGAUGGACAGAUCCUCAUCUACGAUGUUGGAGAGCAAAUUGCUGUUCCCCGGAGCGACGAAUGGACCCGUUUUGGCCGCACACUGGUGGAGAUCAACGAAAACCGGGAUGAUGCCGAGGAGCUGGCCGCUCAGCGGUUGUCGGCAUGAUUGCCUCAGAAAUGGUAGUGUAGGGACCAACUGCUUUUUCUGUUUUUUCCAACUCAACUUGUGUAGGUUUUACCAUGGGGUGACACUGGCAUCAACACCGGCAACCGUCAACUGUGUUUAUCUUUUCAAUAAAACGCAGCAGCAAAAAAAAACAGUCCGACUUCUUGAUAUGCAAAUCUUGUUUUUAUAUAUAUAUAUAUUUGUAUUCGGGGCCACAGACAUUUCUGUGGGCUGCUAACAUGCAGGUUCCCGAAGAAAAACAUUUUUGGAUAGGGCUGGCGAGCAGCCUCAAACAGUGCAUCAAAAAAAUGGGUUGUAGUGACAUGUAAUAACUUCUUGAAAAGAGCCCAAAGCCUUAAAGCUCACAUAUUAAAGUGUCACAUUCAGUGCGAGAACAUCCAGAUGACAGCGCUCCAGCCAGGUUCAGAUGCAGUGCCGCUCUCUUUAUACGACGCACCCCUUUCGGUUGUGCUCUCAAAGUACACCCAAUCCAUAACUGCUGUUCGUUUGCUGGGUCCCAUUGAAUUAUAGUAGUUUAAUCAUUUAUUCAUUAUGUAUGCUGCACAGUAGUGUGUUCUUAUCAAAUAACUUAAACUGUUAACUUCCUUUGAGUGCUUAUUUUCUGCAAAUAGUCCUCAUUGCCACCACAAGUCUACAUGAAUGAAAACAAUAUAUAUUUGCCUUGCUUCUGUACACUUUUUAUUGUUGGUUCCAGAAGCAAAUUAUGUAGUUUCACUUGAAUCCAUGGAUAGUUUAAACGUGAGAAACCUUUUGAUCAGAACCUCGAGGGAUAUAAAAUGGGACCGAUAAAGUGAAGUAUGUAUUUCACAAGUGAAAUCCACAUUUAAAAUUAACAUGUAUGAACCUCCUUAUCCAUAUACUUUCCAUUGUUUCAAACCUUUUGUGCCCCUGUUGUGUAACCCAAGAGCAGGACAUUCUCUCCACAUCCCAAAUUAAACCCAUAUUUCAAUAAAAUACAAGAAUGAAAUGUAUUAAAUUAUUUACUAAGA